GGGUUGUUGCCAGCGGUGGGGACUAUAAAGGUGGGUGCAGGAAGAGGCAGGACCGUGCAGCUUCUUCUGCCUGCAUCUAGCCCCCGGAGCAAGGAUGGCGGCGGUGCUGCUGAGCCUGGUGCUGGCUCUGCUCUGCCUGCUGCAGGCAGGGGCCGAGGUCCCCGUGCAGCCGGGCUUCAACAUCAAGAAGUUUGCAGGGAUGUGGCAUGUCGCAGCCGCUGUUUCCAACUGCUCUGUGUUCCUGAAGAUGAAGGACGGGAUGAAGUCGUCCAUCGCCACGAUCAGCUUCACGCCCGAGGGGGACCUGGCUAUGAAGCUUGUCUGGCCCCUCGAGGGAGCAGAACAUGAGCCCCCAGCUCCUGCAGAAGUUCAAAGAGCUCAUCCCCACCGUGGGCCUGACCAAGGACAUGCUGGCCAUCCUGCCCAAGUCAGCAGAUCAGUGCACCUAGGCCAUCAGCUGAAGGGGCCAACACCAGGGCCAUCUGUCCUCCAGACCUGGUGGAAACAGGGCUCUGCUCCCACCUCUGUGGUGCCCCUUCUCGUCCUCCCCAGCCAGGCUCUGCUGGACCCACUGCCCUGCACCAGGAUCAUGCCUCACCCUCCUAAAUAAAUAGGUGCAGAAGCUGCGCCAGAGCUCGGUGCUUUUGUUGGCAGGAGCAGGGGUGCUGCCAGGGUCCCCAGGCACCCUGAGCCCAGCGGUCCUGGAUCUGACCCUUUCUCUCGGCACCCCAGGGGCGUUGGGGGGCUCCUUUCUGGUGUCGUUUGCUGCGCCCAGCAUGGGGAGGAUGGGGACCAGAGGAUGGAGAAGGUGCAGUGGGGUAGCCGGUAGGGAUGUGGGCAGGGGAGAAUCGAGCUGGGAUGAACAGGGGUUUAUGCACCUUGGCUCGUGGGCAGCAGGUCUGGGUUGCCCAGCCCUGCCUGCAUGGGCUCUGACUCCCAGCAGGCAGCUCGUCCCCAGGACACCCUGUUCCCUGCUCAGUCCCCCUCCAGAGCCACCCAGGCAGGAGAGAUGCUGUGCCAUGACUGCCCAGGGUAAAUGCACGACAGGACUGGGACCCCCAUGCCUGUCUCCCAUCCCCCUUGGUCCCUCCAUCUGCCCACUGACCAAGGCAGGACCAUGCUGCCAUGAGCCCCAAGGGCAGCAUCCAUCCACCUCCACCUCCUGUAGAGCAGAGGCAGCCCCUCGUCCCCCCCACUGUCCCCCUGCCCUGGAGCAGGGGUCCCUCGGUGCCUAGCCAGGCACGGAGCUGUGAGGAAGCAUUACGGACCCUUUUGGGGCUGUGACCCCCAGGAGCCUGCCAGAGCCAGGGCACAGGAGACAUCACACCCUGGGAAGGAGGGGACACACUCCCACAGUGACACAAACCCCUUCUUCUGCCUGCCCUGCUAUGGGUGCACCCCACUUUGUGGACCCUGAGUGCCCCACAGCAGGUGGGUGACCCCUGUGGGGUCAGGUCAUGCUGGCGAUGUGCGGAC